ACUUCAAUACAUACAAUCUUCUCUCUCUUUCUCUCUCCCUCUCUCUCUGUCUCUCACUUUUCUCAUUGUUCUUUCUUCUUCAGCUCCAGCAAAAUGGUUUCUACAGAUGCUAUUCGAACAGCCGUUGGUGUUCUAGGAAACAUUAUCUCACUUUUCUUGUUCUUGUCCCCACUUCCAACUUUUGUUCAAAUAUGGAAGAAAAAGUCAGUGGAGAAUUACUCACCAGCACCAUACCUUGCAACUCUAAUCAACUGCCUGGUUUGGACCUUGUAUGGGCUGCCCAUGGUGCACCCCCACAGCUUCUUGGUGGUGACCAUCAACGGCUCGGGGACCGCCAUCGAGCUCGUGUAUAUAAUCCUCUUCUUCAUCUACUCCGAUAGGAAAAAGAGGCUCAGAGUUUUGCUGGGCCUGCUACUCGAACUGAUAUUCAUCUGCGUACUCACAACUUUGGUUUUAACCAUUGCCCAUUCGCAUAAGGAGCGGUCUUUGAUUGUAGGCAUCAUAUGCAUUUUGUUCAACGUCAUGAUGUACGCUUCACCAUUGGUUGUCAUGAAAUUGGUGAUUACCACAAAAAGUGUGGAGUAUAUGCCCUUUUUCCUCUCUCUUGGUUGCUUUGCCAAUGGUCUUGCCUGGAGUACUUACGCUCUUAUUGAAUUUGACCCCUUCAUCAUUGUACCCAAUGGGGUGGGAACAAUGUUUUCGCUGGCCCAGUUGAUUCUCUAUGCCACUUUCUACAAAUCCACAAAACGACAGAUUGCAGAAAGGAAGGGCAAAGCUGGCCAGGUGGAUCUGUCAGAGCUGGUUGUGGAUGGAGAAGAUGCUAAGAAGGUUGGCAGUGCAUCUUAGAAUCGUGAAGACUCUCCCAUCCCCACCGUCGGAUAACUAGAACCCACUUCCAAGAAGUGUUAUCUUAGUCGAGUGUGAUAAUAUAUAUCACAAACAAAUGUAGUUUCUUUCUUGUGUUCAUCACCAACUAUAUAUCAUAAUAUUGCAGUAAUGAGCUAAUUAUA